AGAGUGUUGGGUUCGAGUCACUCUCACGAACCCACAUCUGAUAUGGUUUCAAGCAGUUUCAUAUAUGAUGUCACACGAGCAAUACUCUUUGUUUAACUUUCAUGUUAUCUUUAGUUUCUUUAAUUUAUCAUUUUCUUUCGGCUUCUACUCAUAUUUUCAUAUAAAUUUUCUUUAUCAGCAUGGAUUCGAACGAAGUAAAAAGUACCAAAGAAACUAGUAGAAGAACUCGCAGCCUUGUGAAAAGGAGAGAUGGGCUCACAAAGAAGGCUUCGGAACUUGCGACUUUGUGCGAGGCCGAUGUUUGCAUAGUAAGCUAUUCUCCUUUCGACAACAAUCGUCCCGUAACGUGGCCUAGCGACGAUGAUUCUACUGUAAGGAAACACAUAGACCGCUUUUUCGAAGCCAAGAGAGCUGGCCUGGUUAAGCAAUCCGUCGGUCCAAGAGACAUGUCCCCCGAAGAUAGGAAAAUAAAGAAGCAGAAUCCGAGACCGAGUUCAUGGCAUCGCAUGUUAGAUCGCUGCUCCAGCAGGAUUUCGCUAACGCGAUUGGCCUCUCAUCUGGAGGAGAAACUCUCGACGGUUAAUCGGAAGAUCGGCGAGCGUGGCAAUCACGCCGUAGAAAAUCGGGCACCCGCUGUAACAAAUGAUCGUAACGGCAGCGACUCUAUACAAGAGCGCGGGGUUGUAGAUAAUCGCGGAGGCGAUAGCUGUGGCGCUGGCAACGCCCAGGACGGUUUUAAAAGAGAUCGUCAAACUGCCAGAAUUUGCGACGGAAGUAAUUAUGUUUCUGUAAAAGAGCUGCAGGUCUUGAAAAGUGGCACUGCAGAUCCCAGCGAUUGUAGCCGUGGCGGUUGUAGUAGUCGGCCUACGAAAAAGCUGAAAUUUGCGAGAGAUGAAGAUGACGAUGAUAGUCGCAAGGCCGACGACGAUGGCCCUAACACGGAGCUCAAACUUGGCUCAUCGGUGAUAUGGAAUAGAGAGAAAGAAGAGGGCAGUGCAUCAGUGCAACUCUCGCGGCCUGCAGCUACGGGAAAUGGCGGUUUAGAACCGCAAAAAUUCAAGUCUCCGGGUCUAAUUCGCUGGGGUAUGUAGUUUGUAUGCUAACUCAUCUUCUACACUUCAAGGCCCAGUCCGGAAACGAACCGCCAACUUUGAUGUCUAGCCACUUCAACUGCAGUUUAUCGGCUUUUAGUGCUCAUUAGUUUUUUUUCUUUUUUUUAGAAAUAGAUAGUAUAUUAUCUGAUUUGUUUAUUUUAUUAAAAAAUAAACUUAGCUAGAAAUGUGAAUCAAUUAGGAUCUCGGGUACCAACCACCAAGCUAUUUACCACUUGUGAUAAGGACAGUCGGUCAUUUAGUGUUUAUUAGUUGGUUUUUAGUA